AUGCCGAGCAAAACUCAGCCCAACACCAAACUGUCCGUGGCAAUCAUCGGCUCCGGCCUGGGUGGCCUAUCGGCGGCCAUUUCCCUUCGUCGGGCAGGCCACCAAGUCGUCCUAUACGAGCGAUAUGACUUUGGCGGCGAAGUGGGCGCCUCUCUGUCCGUGGCAUCCAACGGGUCACGCUUCUUGGAAGAAUGGAACAUUGACAUCGCAGCCGCCAAGCCAGUCGUUCUUCGGAAGCUGAUUCGCCAUGAUUGGAAGACGGGUGAGAUCCAAGGCACGUAUCCGCUGGGAGACUAUCGCGAACGAUUCGGCACCGACUACAACAACUUUCACCGCAUAGACCUGCAUCAGCAUCUGAAGCACGCUGCCACCUCCCAGCUGGGCGAGGGUGUGCCGGCUGAGCUGAAGACGUGGCACAAGGCUGUGGACGUGGAUCCUGAGCUUGGGCGCAUCAAGUUCGAGAACGGCAACGAGGCAGUCCACGACAUUAUCAUUUGUGCCGAUGGCAUUCGCAGUGCCAUGCGUGAGCGCAUUGGUGUCUUGCCCCGGAUCCAGGCCAGCACAUCUUGCUGCUACCGCUGCAUCAUUUCGGCCGACAAGCUGCGCGAGCUUGGCCUCGACGAGUACCUCAGCAACUAUGCGAUUGAGUUCUGGGGCGGCGACGGCAUUGACAAAAUUGUUCUCUCCUCAUGCAGCGACAACAAUGUCGUCUCCUGCUACUGCUUCUACCCUGCCAGCAAGAAUGACCUUCGAGAAGAUGGCUGGGACAUUUCGACCACGGGAGAGAAUCUGGUGGCCACGUUUCCCGAUCUCGAUGAGAAGCUCAAGACACUGUUCCUGAAUGCCGAGGACAUCAAGAUGUGGCGGUUGUACAACCAUGACCCGUAUGAGUACUGGGUUCGCGGUCGCUGUGCUCUCCUUGGCGAUGCCGCUCAUCCAAUGCUGCCCGAUCAAAGCCAGGGAGCUUGCAUGGCGAUCGAGGACGCGGGCGCUCUCGGCAUCAUCUUCUCGGAUCAAUAUAGUCAUCUGAGUAUUGGAGAGCGGCUCAAGCUGUACGAGAUGGAGCGCAAGCCACGGGCCACGCAGCUUCAAGAGGCUAGUCGAAGAGCACGCCUUGACCUGAAUGAGCGUAUCGGGUGGUCAAGCAAAGCAGACAAGCCUGGGAAACUGACAAUAGAGGAGGUAUGCGGGUAUGACAUGCACCAACAUGUGGCUGCCUUGGUCGCAGAGUUGUGA